UGGGGCCUCCGGGACAGCUGAAUGUGAGCUGGCAGCCCCCCAUUCAAUACAUGGACAAUAGCAUCCGCUAUGAGAUGGCCAUCUUCCAUAAGGGUAGCAUAGUCCAGCGGGUGGAGAUUUCCAAUGGGCAGACAUAUUACCUUCGGAAUCUCAAAGGAGGAACCCGCUACACGUUGGCUGUGCGGGCCAAGCCAAACGGAGUCAGCUUUGAUGGCUUCUGGAGUGGAUGGUCGCAGACAGCAUCGGCAAUGAUACCCAGUGGUAAGUGUUCUUCAGGCAAUAUUGGUCGCAGCCAUGGUGCAGGGCCGGUUGAAAAUAGCCGCUUAAUUAGCAUGGAGCGAUGCUCAUAAAACCACGAGAAGCUGAGAAGCUGCUUUUAAGGAAAAAUGAAACAAAAACCAAAGCAGCAUUAAAAUAAAAUAAAAUAGUGGGCACCUUCUGAGAACCCAAAAUCAACAAGAAUGGAAGCCUCAAUAACACUGGAACCAAAAUCCCAAGCCUAAGGAAUCCAAAACAGAGCACAAUUCACUUUACAUCUGUCCAGCACAUCCGUUCGAAGAGAAUAGGACCUCUGCAAAAAGAUGGGAGAAUUUUCCUGCCACUUUUCAAUUCUCAACCAUGGCUUCUUCCAGAGAGCUAUUUUCUGCCCAGAUGGUGCAUAAACUGGUGGUGCUGAUGAAAGACAGGCAAUUGUGGUUGUGUGUGUGCGCGCGCGUGUGUUAGAUAGAUCCACUGUAGAUGGAAGAAAGUCCCUAUUUCCCUUGCAUUUCUAGAAGACAAUGGCAGCCUGCAAUUAUUUUUCUUUGAGGAGAUAUCUGAAUGCCCUGGCCCAACCAAUAACAAAACUCUGAUAUCAGUGGGGACAAAAAAACCCAGCUUGUUAAGCUUGUGGGAGUAUUGUUGGGGGAGAACAAGAAUCUGAAGUAUCCAAAGCCAUUUUGG